CGGAAACGCGAAGGUCAUUCAAGUUCAACUUUACAGUUGUCGAGCGACGCUGCGUUCUCGAUGUAAUUUCAUCACGUUUUGUGUUAAAAGUGCGAAUUGUUGAAAUGGAUGUGGACGAGUAUUUAGUGUCGCUGAUGGAAAAACAUCCCAAUUUGUAUGACAAACGCGACGAAUUUUACAAAGACAGCAAACGCAAACGGGAGUCCUGGGACGCCAUCGCAAAAACAAUGAAUAUGGAUGUAAAUUCAGUGAAAAAACGGUGGGAGAAUUUAAGAGACAGAUUCGUCCGAGUUUACAGAGAAUACACCGACUAUCCCUCUCUAGCCCCCACAAUCAGAAACAAGUACAAAUUAUUCGACCGUAUGAUAUGGUUAGCGCCUCACAUCCGUAAACGCAGAAUGACAUCUUCAGUUUUUGCGAUGAAGAGUAAAGCCAGCACCAGUCAAUUCAACCUAAACGAYGACACUCAAAGCAGUGAAACCCACGAAAGUAUAAACAUAAAAUCCGAAACACAAUCGAAUUUGUCCGAUGUGAGUUACCACGAAUCUUUCUUAGACGAAGAAGUUUUAUUAUCAUCAGCGGUYAAACAAAACGAAACGAGUCAAGUACAGAAUAAAUCCGAUCAUUAUUUCAUGAUGUCGGUAAUACACGACUGCCAGAGUUUACCACCGAGGAAAAAACUCAAAUUCAAAAAGGAUGUUCUGGGGUUGCUUGAAAAAUAUCUCUACGAUGAUGAAAAACCUUAACUGUUUUUUACACAAGACAUUCAUUACAUGUAUAUUAUGUUACGUUAAUUCAAUAAAUAUUUUAUUUAAGUUUU